CCCAGCCUAGCGAAGACCCAAGUAAUCGCCGUUGAAUCAUUAUUACUUGGGAAAACAUACGCCGUUGAUAUUAGUCAGACGUAGAUAAUUUCUUCUCGUCUCCAAAGUUGUCUCACCUAAAAUGUUAUUGUUCUGCUGGGAGUUCCUUAUAGCUCUCUUCAAAUUGGAUAACUGUUACAAAAUUUCAGUACUCACUUUGAUUAUCGAGAUGACGAGUCUGCUGCUUUAUAAUGUAUCUCUUAUGCGUUUCUUCUUAUUAUGCUCAGGUUGCUGGUCUUCACUAUAGAUUAAGUCUUUCGGACAAUGGUUUUGAGCUCUCUCUUGUUGGCUUUAGUCAAAAAUUGAGGAUAGAGAAACUAGAUGCUCUUUCUUUUUUGAAAGCUGAAGACUUGGCGAAUUUCGUCCCAAUGUUGUUGUCGAGGACAUUUGUUGAGUGCUAUAUUGCAGGUGUCAACAUUAUUCCUGUUGUAGAUAUAUACACAAACACAACAUUCAUAUACCAAAACGACAUUUUAUACUUGAAUCUGUAUUAGAAAACAGAGUUUUAUCGUUUAAGCUCUGUUGAUUGUAGCUUUUGUCUGACAAAGAUAUUGAUAAAGACUUUUUACCUACUUCAAUUGUCAAAUUGUGGAA